AGCUCUCCUACUGCUAGCUCUGCCGUAUAUUACUACGCGCGCGCGCGCGCCGGCCGAGCAGCAGCACCACCAAUUAAGUUCGCGCCAAAUUAGGCAAGCUAGCGCGCACUGCACGUACGCGUGGGCGCGCUCUGUCUGCUGCCAAAAGGCGUGCAAACCAAAGCUUGAUUAGUAGCGGAGGCCGGCGAUGAGGCCACGGCCGCCGGCUCUCGUGAGCAGCCUCCUCCUCCUCCUCCUACUAUUCGCGGUGCCGAGGCAUGCCGCCGCGGCGGGAGGGGACGGCGGUGGCAUGGUGCGGGUGGACGGCACGCGGUUCGUGGCGGGGGACGGCGACCGGACGGUGUACCUCAGCGGGUUCAACGCCUACUGGCUCAUGGAGAUGGCCUCCGACCCGUCCCGGCGGGGCGGGGUGGUGUCGGCGUUCCGGCAGGCGGCCGCGCACGGCCUCAACCUCGCGCGCACCUGGGCCUUCAGCGACGGCGGCGACCGACCGCUGCAGUCCUCGCCGGGCGUCUACCACGAGGACAUGUUCCAGGGCCUGGACUUCGUCAUCGCCGAGGCGAGGCGGCACGGGAUAUACCUCCUCCUCUGCCUCACCAACAACUUCGACGACUUCGGCGGCAAGCGCCAGUACGUCCAGUGGGCGAGGGAGGACGUCGCCGCCGGCGCCGCCGCCCACAACCUCACCUCCGCCGACGACUUCUUCAACUCCACCCUCGUCAAGUCCUACUACAAGAACCACGUCAAGACGGUGCUGACGAGGGUGAACACGGUGACCGGCGUGGCGUACAAGGACGACCCGGCCAUCUUCGGGUGGGAGCUGAUGAACGAGCCGCGGUGCGGCGCCGAGCCCACGGGCGCCCUGGUGCAGGCGUGGGUGGAGGAGAUGGCGCCGUACCUGAAGACCAUCGACGCCGCCCACCUGGUCACGGCGGGGCUGGAGGGCUUCUACGGCGACGGCGCGCACGAGAGCAAGGAGCUCAACCCGUGGGGCAUCUACUACGGCACCAACUUCGUGGCCACGCACCAGGCCGCCGGGAUCGACUUCGCCACCAUCCACCUCUACCCGGACGUCUGGCUCUGGGGCUCCACCGCCGACCAGCAGGCGCGCUUCUUCCGCAACUGGACGGCGUCGCAUGUCAGUGACACCGAGCGCCACCUCCGCAAGCCGCUCCUCGUCACCGAGUACGGCAAGUUCCUCUGGGAGGAGGGCGGCGAGAACGCCACGUCCGCCACGCAGAGGAGGGACCGCUUUCUCGGCAUGGUGCUCGACGCCAUCUACGAGUCGGCGUCGCGGGGCGGGCCGCUCGUCGGUGGGGCGUUCUGGCAGCUGCUCCUCGACGGCGACGGCAUGGACGCGCUCAAGGACGGGUACCAGAUAGUGCUCCCCGAGGACGCCCGCGCCGCCACCAUCAUCAGCGAUCACUCCGAGAAGAUGGCCGAGCUCAGCAAGCAGGUCGCGGCGGAGGCCGGUCGCCGGUGGAGUAGGAAGAUCGGCAGUUUUGUCAGCUGGGAUGGUACUCAUCCUUACGUCCAAAGAUUCUUGAUUCGUUUCGUCUCUCUGUUCAGAUCAGUUUCUUCACUGUUUGGUCCUACGAUACAUGUAGCUAGCUAGGCUCUACUGUACUACUAGUAGAGAAGUGUUCAGAUACCUUCCCCUGAGUGUAGCGAUUUUGACUUUUUCCACGGUGCCGUCUGAGAUUCUUCAAAAGUUUUAAUUAGCUGACUCAAGAGUUGUAAUGGAACGUAGAGACGAAGUUUCUUGUUUAUGCAUAUAUGUUUCCACGGUGCCGUCUGAGUAAACAUGAAGACGGGCAAUCAGAGUAUAUUGCAAUUUCUUGUUUAUGCAUAUA